AUGUUAUUCAAGCUUGCAGCUGCUCACAACUGGAGUCUCACGCAAAUGGAUGUUACAAAUGCUUUUUUGCAUGGGGAUCUCGACGAAGAGAUUUAUAUGAGUCUUCCUCUUGGCUACACUCCGCCACCGGGUGUCAGUUUACCUCCUAAUGCUGUCUGCAAGUUGAAUAAGUCAAUCUACGGUCUUAAACAAGCUAGACGACAAUGGUAUCAUACUUUUUCAAGGGUGCUUCUCAGUGAUGGUUUUGAGCAAACUCACGCUGAUAAUACUCUCUUUGUUAAGCUUGUUGGUUCUAUUUUCAUUGCUGUCUUGGUUUAUGUGGAUGAUAUCCUCAUAACUAGCAAUGAUGAUAAGGCCGUAGAGUCUUUGAAGAAGGUUCUUCACAAUGCUUUCAGGAUCAAAGACCUUGGCGCCCCACGGUUCUUUCUUGGGUUGGAGAUUGCACGCUCGUCUAAAGGCAUUUCGCUAUGUCAGCGCAAGUAUACUCUGUCUAUCCUUGAAGACACGGGCUUACUGGGUUGCAAACCAAGUUCAGUGCCGAUGGAUCCUGUUGUUCACUUGAGCAUUGAUGAUGGAGUUCCCUUGGAGUCUUCUACUCCGUAUAGAGAGCUUAUUGGUCGCUUGUUGUAUUUGACUAUUACUCGGCCUGAUAUUACUUUCGCGGUCAACAUGCUCAGCCAAUACCUUUCUAGGCCAACUGAUCUUCACAUGACUGCUGCACACAAGGUCCUUCGUUACAUCAAAGGCAAUCCUGGUCAAGGAUUAUUGUUCUCAGCUUCGACUGAUCUUACAUUACAAGCCUUUGCUGAUGCUGAUUGGGGUACUUGUCCUGACUCUCGACGUUCUGUUUCUGGAUACUGUGUUUUCCUUGGAGGUUCCCUCAUCUCUUGGAAGUCCAAGAAACAAGAUGUCGUUAGUCGUAGCAGUACAGAGGCCGAGUACAGAAGCUUAGCAAAUGCGACCUGUGAUCUUCUUUGGUUACAUCAGCUUCUCACCACUUUCAAGAUCAAGGUCAAGCUUCCGGUUACUCUAUUUUGUGAUAGUAAGUCCGCUCUUCAUUUGGCGGCUAAUCACGUGUUUCACGAGCGAACCAAACAUGUGGAACUCGAUUGCCACACUACUCGGGACCGCAUGAAGUCUGGUUUCCUCAACACACUUCAUGUCACCUCCGCUAAUAACCUUGCUGAUAUUCUGACAAAGGCUUUGCAACCUGCUCCAUUUCGCUUCCUCUUGUCCAGAUUAUCAGUUUCAAGCCUUUAUCUUCCUCUUCCUGCUCCAGAUUAA